UCACAGAAGAUUCACUGCUCUCAUUUCCGAUAGAAAAUAAAUCUACGCUUUCUGUACAAUGGUCUCAAUAUUAUUUGUUUGCUCACAUGUUAUAAUAGACAAGCUAAAUUGGCGCUAUACACACUGCUUAAUUUUGGAGUGGACCACAUUGAUUGAACCAAAUCGCGGCAUCCUCCGACGGCGACUUUUUCGGCUCGCUUAUUUAACUAACCACUAUUGGUAAAGCAUAAAAUAUGUUCUCUGUUCCACGACGUGGAUACAUAUUUCAUCGUUUUAAGAUAUCUCUAAUAUAAAACUAUGUAAAUGUUUGUUGACAUUUUAAUAAUCCAUGGGCCAUGAGGGUUAAGUAGGUCAAACUAGGCUGUUUUCAGCCAAUCAGAGACGGUGACAGCGAGCGCAUGGCCUAACGGUGAGAGCAGGUGUGCGUUUCAUUGGUUGAUGCAUGAAAUAUUACACUCCUACCUGCGUGUUGGUCACAUCAAGCGCGGACGAUAUUGUUAUGUUCGGGCACGACUACAUAUACGUUUACCUUCAGCAUGGCAAAUAUGACAGUGUGUUCAACGUCCUUAAUUAGUCUCCGUAAUUGCUUGAUUGUUGACCAAGUUUCAUUGUCUGAAAGCUAAAUUUAUGCUGAUGGAAUUGAUAAGAAAAAAGCUAAUCAAUACACAGGGACAAUUUUUAGACAUUGUUUAUCAAAAUGUCAUCUAACACAGAGAAAGAGAAUUUGGAACACCCUUUAGUUCAGUGGGUUAAAGCAGUGUACGGUGAUGGCAGACAAAUUAAAUAUUGUGAUCUAUUUGAUGGGGUUCUUUUGAAUGAUUUGAUGAAUAUAGUUGAUCACAGGCCAAGUGAAGAUCUUGUUUGUGGAGAACCAAAUGACUUUGAAACACGCUUAUUUAAUUGGGACCUACUUCUGAAAAGUAUACAAGCUUACUAUAAGGAUGUUUUACAAGUUUAUUUGUGUGUUGACUUGCCUGAUGUUUACCUUAUUUCACGGGAACCAUCCACUGAGUUGAGCUUUAAAGAAGUAUGCAAGUUCUUACUGCUUAUACUUGGCUGUGCUGUUCAGGGGGAAGGCAAAGAAGAAUUUAUUUCCAAUAUUAAACAGUUAGAUGUAACAAGUCAACAUGCAAUAGUGACUUACAUUCAAGAAAUAACUGAUGAAUCGCAAUCCAUUUUGCCAUUUGAGAGAAACUGUAGUGAAGAAGAAUACAUAGAAAAACUUGUGUCCCACGUUGAUCGCCUGUUGAAACAACGUAAUUCAUCAACACAGCUUCUUAUAGAACAGACUCAUGAAAUUAAAAAUCAGAAGAUGCAUGAUAAAACUGUACUUCUAUCGGAGCAACCUGUAGUGCAGGAGGCUGAACCAACAGACAAAAAAAUAAAAAUAAGAUUACUCCAGUCACAAUUAGACGAAAAAGAUGAAAUAAUAUCAGACUUAAAAGAUGAAAUUGAAGAAGUCAGACGCUCCUUCCUUUCCUUGAAAACAGAAAAUCAGGAACUGGUGCAGAAAGUUUAUUCUCUGCGUUCUUUACAAGAUGAUUUAGAUGCCUUCAAAGAGAAAGCUAGUAAAGCUGAAAGUCUAGAGGAGGAAGUAGCGAAGUUGAAGAAGAAACUAAAUGAAGUUGACUUUUUCAAAGCUCGUAUACAGGAGCUUCAAGAGGAUAAUAAGAUUUUAGAAGAAACAAAAUCCUUCUUAGAAGAUCAAGUUGGUAGUAGUCAUGUUCGUUUAGAAACGGUUACAAAAUUUGAAAAUGAACUGAAGAAAAAUAAAAUUUUAUUAGAUGAAUAUUGUCAGAAGAUAAAUCAGGAUGGAGAAAAAAUAUCUUCUCUUACUCAAGAAAACAUGGAACUGCUAAAAGAAUUGACAAUGCUUUCUCAAAAUAGGAUUCACCAAGAUGUGAAUAUGUCUCUGGAUGGUUUCGAAAAUCCUAUUUCUGCAGAAUUACAAGGAUCUGCAAACGUCAAUCAAUUACAGCUUGAGUUAGAAAAUCAAAGAUUAAAUCAACAGUUGUUAAUCUCAGAUGAGGAAGUUCAGUCCCUAAGACAGCGGCUAAGGGAUCUUGAGGUCGAACAUAAAUCGACAGGUAAAUCUACAAGUUUAAAUGAUUUAAAGAAAUUGGAGUCUGAUAAUAAAGAACUUAACCAAAAACUGACAGUUACUGAGAAAACAAUUGAAACACUAAAUCAACAAUUAAAGGAGUUUAGUGAAGAAGUUAUCCGUGCCAAAACCAAUCACAGGGAAGAUGGUCUUAAAUUUGAAAAAGAAAAAGAAAAACUUCAUCAACAAAUUACAGCAUAUGAAUCAGAAGUUGAAAAUAUGCAAAAAAUGUCUGUUGAAUGUGAAAAAUUGGAAUCUGAAAACCAAAUAUUGAAUCAGAAACUUGCUGUAUUGGAAGAAGAUUUGAGAGAAAUGAGAGGUACCAGUGAAAAUGUAUUUGAAAAACUGAAAUCAGAAAAUGAAAGAUUAAUUGGACACAACUGCGUUAUAACUAAUGAACUUGAUAGUUUAAAAAGUGAAAUGAAUGAUAUCCCAAAGUUAGAAUUGGAUAAUAAGAGACUCGGUGAACAAAUUUGUGCAUUAGAGGAAGACAUUAAAAAUCUGCAAGUUAAGAUACAAGAGAUAAAAAUAGAAAAUACACAACUACAGACCAAAGUUAAAGAUACCGAAAAACAUCUUGACCAAGAAAAGUGCCAGACCAAUGAAUUUAUAAAAUUGAAAGAAGAGAACCAAAUAUUAAAGCAAAAACUAGAAAUGGUUAUGAAGGAGGUAGAGGAAAAAGCAGAUGAUUCCAGUGAAAGAUUACUCAAUGAAAGUUUAAAUAAUUUAGAAUCGGAAAACAAAGAAUUAAGCUACCAACUUCAGAUAGCAGCACAAGAACUACAGAAUCUUAAAGAUGACACAUCCAAUGAACAAUAUACAAUAACUUCUGAAAAUAUUAGUCAAAUUGAAAUAGAAAAUGAAAAACUGAUAGAAAAACUAACUCUGGCGGAAGAUGAAAUAGAAAUAAUCAGAGAAAAGUUGAAUGAUUCAGAGACACUCAAUCAUUCUCUACACCAAGAAAAGAUGGACAUGAAUGAGAGUCAAGCACAAGCCUUGGACCAACUUGAUUCUCAAAACCAAAUACUUCUUGAUAAGUUAUCAAAUGCAGAAGAGGAAAUAGAAAGGUUGAAGAAGAAAAAAUAUGAACAAUUUAAAUUGGAGGAAGAGAAGAUGAAAGGUGUCAUUGAAACACAAUUAAGUAAAAUAAAACAACUUGAAUUGGAUAAUCAAGACCUUAAAGAAGAACUCAUUAAUGUUGAAGAAGAACUGAAUGCUAUUCGAGAGAAACAAAGGAAAUCUGAAAUUUUACGUGAAACGCAGGAAGAAGAAUUGAAUGAACUGGAUGCUGAAAAUCAGAAACUGUCAGAAAAACUUCAAACUGCCAAAGAUGAAUGUGAAACAUUAAGGCAGAAUUUAAUUGGUGCUGAGGAAACAAAAAGAUUAGUUGAAGAAAAUAGCUUAAAUGUUUCUGAAGUUCAGGCUGAAAAUCUGAAAAGUGCUCUCUCUGAUAACCAGCAACUUAAGGAAAAACUUCAGACUGCAAUUGAAGAACAGAGUGUAUUUAAUAAAAACAAAACGGAGGAGAAUCAAAAUCUCAGAGAGAGUUUAAAUGAAUCUGAAAUUAACAUUCAAAAUUUGCAAGAACAGCUCCAUGAAACUGUUGAAGAAUUGAAUUUUUUGAAAGAAAAGUUUGAGUUCAUCCAGAAACAGAAUGAAAGUUUGAAGGAAUCACAAUCUACCAAUCAAAAUCUGAAACAACAGCUUCAUGAGGCAGUUGAAGAAUUAAACCAUCUAAAAAUAAAAUCUGAAUCUGACCAGAAACUCACUGAUAGUUUGAAUGAAUCAGAGUCUAUCAAUCACACUUUACGACAACAACUUAAUCAGGCUGAAGAUGAAGUAGAACAACUUCGAAACCAGGUGAAUGAAAUCCAGAUUAAAUUUCAUUUGCAAGAAGAACAGAACAAUUUUGAAUCCAACGCCACAGAAGAUUUGAAUCGCCUUGAGAUAGAAAAUCAAAGAUUGACCAAUCAGCUUCAUCAAUCUGAAGAGCAAUAUGAUAUGAUCGAGAACCAACUACAAGAUUUUGAGGAAGAUAAUCAGAGAUUAGUAUCACAACUUCAACAUUCCAAUAAACAAUAUGAGAUCCUCCAAAAUCAACUACAAAGUACACAAGAAGAAAAACAGUCACUCGAGGAAAAGAUUAAUUACCAGCAUAAACAAAUGGAAGAUGUAAACCAGAUGCAGCCAGAAGACCAGAGUAAAGAGCAAUAUAAUAUUAUUGAGAACCAACUGCAAUAUUUUGAGGAAGAAAAUCAGAGAUUGGUCACACAACUUCAGCAUUCUAAUAAACAAAAAGAGAUCCUUCAAAAUCAACUGCAAGGUACCCAGGAAGAAAAACAGUCACUUGAAGAAAAGUUGAAUUAUCAGCAGAAGCAAGGAGAAGUUGUAAACCAGUUGCACACAGAAGAACAGUCGAAAGAGCAAUAUAAUAUAAUCGAGAACCAACUGCAGGUUGUUGAAGUAGAAAAUCAGAGAUUGGUCACCCAACUUCAACAUUCUAACAAACAGUAUGAGAUCAUUCAAAAUCAACUGCAAGGUACCCAGGAAGAAAAACAGUCACUUGAAGAAAAGUUAGACUAUCAGCAGAAACAAGCACAAGUGUUAAACCAAUUGCAGUCCGAAAAUAAUGAACUCAUAAAUCAGUUACAUUCUGCAGAAAAAGAAGUUCAGAUGCUCGUUCAUAAAAUAUCACAGAUGGAAGCAGAAAAGAGAAGAUAUGAAGAAUGCAUUGAAGUUAAUGAGAUUCAGAGAGAAAAUGCUGUACCAACAUUUACGCAGUCUACAAAUGGUCCUUCUCGUGUUCCAUUCAAUGGUAGGCAAGAAAAUGAAUUAAAUGACUAUAGCCAGGCCUACAUCAAAAAACAGAAUUCUAUUACAGCCAGACUUCAGAUACAAAAUACUGCAAUACAGUGUCAGUUUGCUUCUUUGAUUGGCCAGAACUCUACACUUCAGAAUCAGAUGGCAUUGUUAGAAAGUGAACAUGAGAAUUUGUUAUCAAAUCAUGAAGAAAUUCAGAUAGCUCAUAGCAGAGUUUUAACUGAUUAUGAAAAGCUACAAAAAAUACAUGAAUUAUUAACUCUUGAAUAUGAAGAUCUGGUAUCAGAAUAUAUUCAGAUUAGAACCCAUGUGAUUAACCAGUUUAAAGAGCGAGGUGCUAGCAGAAAUGAAUUAGCUGACAGAGAUACAGACGGAAUGUCUUCCUCUUCAUCCAACAACGAACUUAGGAAUUAUGGACCAAGGUACAAUACGUUAGAAAUGAGUGAAUAUCAAGAAGACACCUAUGAUUCGAUGGAAGACCCCUUUGAAGACUUUAGCGCCAUCGACCAUGAUAUGCAGCAAAUGGAGAUCAAUUUUAAUACCCUGCAUCAGAUUAAUUCUAAAUUAGAAGAAGAAAACCAAGUUUUAUUACAUCAGUUACAACAAUUAUUGAAUCAAAAUCAGGAAUUAUUGACAUCUGCUAUUGACAGUAAAGAUCAUUUUAAUGAAGAAGAAAAAACAUACAUUGAGAAACUGGCAGAGUUGAGAAGAAAUAAAGAGAGACUUGAAGAGAAGAUAAUCGCAAAUUACUCUAAGAGAAUGGACAAUCCUAAGAAGAGCCGUGGCUCAAAUGCUAUCAUCAAAAGACUGAGAGGAAUGCUUUUAAAAGCGCAGAAAAAUAAAAACCGCAACACCGCAGACAAUCAAAAUCCAACUGUUGUGAAACACGAUAAUGAACAAAGGUUUCACAGUAAUUUUGAUACUGGCCAAGAUCCAGAAAAAUUGACACUUGUUGAAUUUUUAACGGAAGAAAUGGAUUCAUCGAAAUAGCUAUUAAUUUAUAAUUUGUUGACAUAAUUUAUAAGCUUAUCUAAAGACUGAUUAUACAACUCCAGAAAAUAUUUAUUUUCAAAAUGUGUUACUUUAAAAAGAGUGCUUGGAAUUUCAUUGUAAAUAAUUCAUUGGAUGUGGGACAUAUUUCAUACUAAAUCUAUUAUAGCAGCUGAGUUGAGACAUUUUGUGGGUGAAAACUCUAUUUGAAUAAGUACA